AGAACCCAGAGGCGCGAGGGGCUGCGUGGAGAGCCCGGAAGACUGCAGCCAUGCCUCACAGCUCCGACAGCAGCGACUCCAGCUUCAGCCGCUCUCCGCCCCCCAGCAAACAGGACUCAUCUGAUGAUGUGAGAAAAGUUCAGAGAAGGGAGAAAAAUCGCAUUGCUGCCCAGAAGAGCAGGCAGAGGCAGACACAGAAAGCUGACACCCUCCAUCUGGAGAGUGAAGACCUGGAGAAACAGAAUGCAGCGCUGCGGAAGGAGAUCAAACAGCUCACGGAGGAGGUGAAGUACUUCACGUCGGUGCUGAGCAGCCACGAGCCCCUGUGCUCCGUGCUGGCCCCCGGCGCGCCCUCGCCCCCCGAGGUGGUGUACAGCGCCCACGCCUUCCACCAGCCUCACGUCAGCUCCCCGCGCUUCCAGCCCUGAGCUCCCCGAGGGCGGGAGAGAGCGGAGCCCCCAGCCCCGGCUGCUCCCAGGCCUCGGGAGGGGCACGCAGACUGUGGCCAGCGGCCCUCGUCCCUCAGCGCCCUCUCUCGACCCGGAGACCCGGAGGCGGAGGCCUGGACCGGGAUGGAACACAGGACGCAGCUGCUGGACGUGUGAACGGCCUCCCGAAGCGUGGCCAACCGCCCGGCAGCGUGGGCUGGACCUUCACGUGGGUGGGAGGCCGGAUCCAGAGCUAUG